AUGGUGGUCUUUGUCGAUCUUGACGGGGACGAUGAAGAGCUGCAGGAUAUACAGCAAUCUCUCACUCACCAUGCGCUCACCUCCCAGCAUUUGCAGAAGCUGAGGAUCCGUGACGUUCAAUCAGACUAUCAACAUGAUUACAAUAGUGGCUCGAGUGAUCGCGGCAACAACCAAGCAGAGAUAGUAGAGAGAUGGAAUCCAAACAUCAAUAGCUUCUCUGCUGCGCUGAGCUGCUAUCCCGUCGUUAAAUCUCUCUCGCAUCACCUCGAUCUGAACGACCUGCAUUCACUCUCUCGUACCUGCCGUCAGUUCCGCUGUAACCUUCUCCAGUAUCACCACCAGCUCCUCAAGCAAUCCCUUCGCUGCACCCAUGACUCCCAACCGCUGCUGGCGGACAUCUUACAUCAGAAUGCGAGCACUUCUAUGACAGCUGCAGAAAUCACCGCUGUUCUUGAAGCCAUUGACUUCGAGUUCGAAACAGUGGAUGUCGAUCGGAAGAUUCUCACUGGUAAGAUUGGAAAAUGCGCAACGGAUCUUGUUGCAGAGUGUAGAAGGUGUGGUGUUGUUGUCUGCAGAAAUUGCGCUGUCAAGCCGCCAAGUAACAGCUUGCUGAAAGGCAGGUACAGGAGACUAUGUGCUCGGUGCAAAGAGGCACCAUUGUGGAUGCAUACAUUGCCAGUGAGAGGCUCAAACUUACAGCGUUACGUGCCGAGAAGCAGUGAGGGAGUCGUUUCUAUCAGUAGCUCUCCUAGGUCCUUUCAGACUUCAGUUACUGCUUCCACGACCACUACAUCCACGGGAAACUCGUAUCAUAGUCUCACGGAGGCAGAACCGUCUUCAGCAUUCACAGCUCCAGCUUUUGAGCACAGCCCGUGUACCUGUGCCACUCGAGGCGUGUACCUCUGUCAAGCGUGUGGUCAGUCUCUACGCAGUGCAGACACAACCUACCAACGCGUCUGGACAUGGAGGUCACGUUACAGCACCCACAUUGGUGGACUGGGGACUGGAAUGGGAGAAGGUGAUCAGGGUCAGAAAUGUGGCAGAGGUGAGGACUGUCUUGACGCUGUAGAAAGCGAAGUGGAGACCGAUUGCUCGGAACGACCGGCUUCGUUGUAUCCAUCCAAUUCUAAAGCUACAGGAUCAGACAGUGACCGGCACAUUGAAGAGAGGUCGGCAGGAUACCUCAGACAGGAGAUCGAAGGGAUUGGGGGUGUGGUGAAGAAAAAGGUCAAGCAGAGGGUCAGGAUCGGAGCAACCGUGUGGGAACAUGAUGAUGAAAGGGCUAGUGGGAAGUACUUAGAGAGAGAAUCAAGUGGCAAAGAAAGGAGCUGGUGCGGCUGGUGCGGACGGGCUGUCAAGGGGCAACGGGAUAGGGAGGUGCACGGCGAUGAUUGCUUCAUGAUCUAG